UUCAAAUAUUAGAAUUCAAUAUGGCAGCCUCCAUCAGAACACCUUUGCGUGUUCCAGUUGUAUUCAUUCUUGGAGCUACUGGUACUGGAAAAUCAAAAUUAGCUUUAGAAAUAGGAAGCAAGUUUAAUGGAGAAAUCAUCAGUACAGAUUCUAUGCAGAUAUACAAAGGCUUAGAUAUUGUGACCAACAAGGUCACGGUGGAGGAGCAAGAGAUAUGUCCUCAUCACAUGAUCAACUACCUCAGUCCUCUGGAGGAGAAUCACCAUGUCCACCAAUUCAGAAACAAGGCACUUCCAAUUAUUGAAAAACUGUUAAAUGACAAGAAAAUGCCUAUUAUAGUAGGAGGAACAAAUUACUACAUCGAGUCCUUGCUGUGGAAUACAUUGAUCAAAUCAGAGGAUGUUGAAAGAGUCAAGCAACAGCCAGAAAACUUAAAGCAUGUAAAGGAAGCUGGGGAAAAUAAAGAUUCUGGUGUCUCUGAAGCGGAGGAAGAUGGCGAGGAGACGAAUCGCCCGAGGACGGAGCGAGACAGCGUCUACCAAGAUCUGGACACGGAGACUCUAUACAAGAGGUUACAGGAAGUGGACCCAGUGUAUGCAAGCCGUACUCACCCAAACAACAGGCGCAAGUUGCUCAGGGCCCUAGAAGUAUUCGAUGUCCAUGGUACUCCCAUGAGUGAAAUCCAUAAGGCCCAGAGGAUAGAGAGCCCCUCUAGUGUGGGGGAGCUGAGAUAUCCCAACACUUGUGUACUGUGGGUCCAAAGUGAACAAAGUGUUUUGGACGAUCGUACAAACAAGCGUGUGAACACCAUGAUAGAGAAAGGAUUGAUCCAAGAGUUACUUGACUUUCACAAAGAGUUCAAUGCCAAAAGGACACAAGAAAACAGAGAAUUAGACUACACUACAGGGAUAUUUCAGAGUAUAGGGUUCAAGGAAUUUCACGAGUAUCUUAUCCUUCCAGAAGAAGAGAAACACUCUGAAAAGGGAAAACUUCUAUUUGAGAAAGGUGUCGAGAAUAUGAAGAUUGCCACAAGACAGUAUGCCAGACGACAGAUUUACUGGAUUAAAAACAGACUUCUACGCAACAAGGGACAUAAUUAUCCUCCUGUUUAUUCUAUGGACUCGACAGACGUCAGUCAUUGGACGGAAAAAGUUCACGACCCUGCCGUACAGAUUGUUCAGGAUUACAUGAAUGGUGUUGUUCCCCAACAGGAACCAUUGCCACUGCGAGAGUAUGACAAUGGGGCAGAGUUCAAUGAGUGUAAAGCUUGUAACAAGACGUUUGUGAUGAGGAAGGAAUGGAACAUUCAUAUUAAGUCAGCAAAGCACAAAAAAAGACUAAGGAGUUUGAGAAAAAGGUUUCACGACACUUGUGAUAUUCUUGACCAAUUUAAAGAGAAGAAAUCGAUGGAAAGAGAGACAACUCUAGCAGAAAUGACAUCAGGGACAGCCAAUAUUGCCACUGAUUCUGUAGAUGGAGUGAUGCGUGACUGUGUUGAUAGUGAUAUUUCUGAUAAGGAAGCGGGCCCCAGAGACAUAAAAUCAUUGGACACUGGUACAGGGGCUGUCAACUUGAGGGACAUGGUGGGGACUAGUAAUGAACAAUCUGAGGACAAAGGGGAAAGUGUUUCAGAUGUCAGGGACAAAGUGUUAUUUUAGUUGAGAGAAACAACCUGAUGAGAGAGAGAGAGAGCAAUAAAGAACCUACAGACAAAAGUGGUACACAUUAUUUUAGGAAUCAUCUACGGUUAAAAAGAUUCCCAGGUUUACAAAUUGAGGACACGGACAUGAGUAUCCCCCAUUACAAAGCGGUGUCAUUUUGUUAAGAAGCGGUGAUGACGUGGUUCAGUGUGUAUACAUCAGUGUAUAGACUCCCAGUUAUAACUGAGUCAUGGAUUGUAGUCUACAAUUGAUGGUGUGAAAUUACAAGAUUGGAUUUGGGGAGACAUAAAGUAUAAAGAAAAAUCAAUAUUCUAAAGAAACAAAGACAUAUGCUGUUAUGUUUUGAAUUUGUCCACUGUCAAUGAGAACAAUGAGGAUUAAAUGUCUGAUUUUAUAUUUGUCAUCUUUCUUAAUCAUAAAAAAAGCUGUCACCAUUCAAGGAAUAAACCAACAAAAACUUGA